AUGCGAGCAUUUUUAAGCAUGAAACCGCUGCUCGUAUUAUUCACCGUCUUUGUUUUAGCUCCUGUUCUUGGGAGAUCUCUGAACCCAUCUCUGAACGACGACGUCUUGGGGCUGAUAGUGUUCAAGGCUGAUAUUCAAGAUCCAAAAGGAAAGUUAGCAACUUGGAGCGAAGACGACGAUAGCCCAUGUAAAUGGGGUGGCGUGAAAUGCCAUCCAAGAUCCAACAGGGUCAUUGAGCUCAGUCUUGACGACUUCUCUCUUUCGGGUCAUAUAGGCCGAGGCCUCCUCCAGUUACAAUCUCUGCGAAAGCUGUCCCUCUCCAAGAACAAUCUCACCGGAAGCUUAACCCCUAAUAUUGCACAUAUCGACAACCUACGAGCACUUGACUUGAGCGAGAACAGUUUCUCUGGUCCUGUACCCGAAGACUUCUUCCGGCAAUGUGGGUCUCUGAGAACGAUUUCUUUGGCCAAGAACAAAAUUUCCGGGAAAAUUCCUGAGAGUUUGGGCUCUUGUGCGAGUCUUGCCGCAAUUGACUUGUCGUUGAACCAGUUUUCGGGUUCGGUUCCAGUUGGGAUUUGGUCCUUGAAUGGGAUUAGAUCACUGGAUUUGUCUAAUAAUUUGUUGGAAGGUGAAAUUCCAAAGGCCAUUGGAGGGCUGAAUAACUUGCGAGCAGUUAAUUUGGGGAAGAAUCGGUUUACUGGGCAAGUUCCAGAUGGAAUUGGAAGUUGCUUGCUUUUGAGGUCCAUUGAUCUCAGCGAGAAUUCAUUCUCUGGGAACCUUCCUCAGACAAUGCAGAAACUUAGCCUGUGUAGCUAUCUAAAUCUGCACCAAAACUCAUUUGCCGGAGAGAUUCCUGAGUGGAUUGGAGAGUUGAAGAGCCUGGAGACUUUGGACCUUUCUGGCAAUCGAUUUUUGGGCGAAGUUCCAAGUUCAAUAGGUAAUCUUCACGCUUUAAAGGUGUUGAAUUUUUCUGCAAAUGGGUUCACUGGGAUCUUACCCAAGUCCAUGGCUUAUUGCACAAGCCUUGUGGCUUUAGAUUUUAGUAAGAAUUCGAUGGCGGGUGAACUUCCUGCGUGGAUAUUCAAGGCGAGUUUAGAGGAAGCUUCACUUUCAGAGAAAAAACUAAGUGGAAGCGCAAAUAGCCCUGUAUCUUCCUCAAUUGGAAAUGCGCCUCAAAAUCUGCAAGUCGUGGAUUUAUCCCUUAAUCAAUUUUCUGGUGAAAUUGCAUCUGACAUUGGGGUCUUAAGCAGUUUACUUAGUUUGAACCUCUCCGGUAACUCUCUUGUUGGUCCUAUUCCUGUGACUAUUGGAGAGUUGAAGGCCCUGGACAAUGUGGAUUUGAGUGAGAAUCGGCUCAGUGGAAGCAUCCCUCUGGAAAUUGGUGGGGCUUUUUCGUUGAAGGAAUUGAGAUUGGAAAAUAACCUUCUCACGGGGAAAAUUCCGACUUCAAUAGGGAACUGUUCUUCUCUGACCACUUUAAUUGCAUCACAGAACAGACUGACUGGCCCAGUACCUGCAGCAAUGGCCAAACUAACCAACUUACAAAAUGUGGACUUGUCUUUCAAUAACCUCACGGGAGGCCUACCCAAGCAGUUAGCCAAUCUUCCCAACCUUCUUUCCUUCAAUAUUUCCCACAACAACCUCCAGGGUGAACUACCUGCGGGCGCCUUUUUCAAUACCAUCUCCCCUUCCUCUGUCUCUGGCAAUCCAUCUCUUUGUGGCUCUGCAGUUAAUAAGUCUUGCCCAACAGUUCUUCCAAAACCCAUUGUCCUCAAUCCCAACUCCUCUUCUGACUCCACCACACCAGGAACAUUAUCUUCAAAUCUUGGUCAUAGAAGAAUCAUCCUUAGUAUUUCUGCACUCAUUGCCAUUGCUGCAGCUGCUGUCAUUGUCAUUGGUGUGAUUGCCAUCACUGUACUUAAUCUCCGUGUUCGAUCUUCUACAACUCAUUCACCAGCAGCCCUCGCGUUAUCAGCUGGGGAUGAUUUCAGCCAUUCCCCAACAACAGACGGCAACUCCGGCAAGCUUGUCAUGUUUUCAGGUGAGCCUGACUUCAGCACUGGCGCACAUGCUCUACUCAACAAGGACUGUGAGCUUGGUCGUGGAGGGUUUGGAGCAGUCUAUAGGACAGUUCUUCGAGAUGGGCGGCCUGUUGCAAUCAAGAAGCUCACUGUUUCAAGUCUUGUCAAGUCUCAAGAAGAAUUUGAAAGGGAAGUUAAGAAAUUGGGGAAAGUGAGGCAUGAUAAUCUUGUGGAAAUCGAAGGCUAUUACUGGACUCCAUCAUUACAGCUCAUCAUAUAUGAAUAUGUCUCUGGCGGUAGUUUAUAUAAGCAUCUUCAUGAUGGAGCAGGUGGAAACUUCCUGUCAUGGAAUGACAGGUUCAAUAUAAUUCUUGGAACUGCGAAAAGUUUGGCUCAUUUGCAUCAAAUGAACAUAAUUCACUACAACAUAAAAUCUAGCAAUGUCCUGAUCGGCAGCUCAGGCGAACCAAAAGUGGGAGACUUUGGCCUAGCAAGGUUGUUGCCAAUGCUUGACCGAUAUGUUUUGAGCAGCAAGAUCCAGAGUGCCCUUGGCUACAUGGCACCAGAGUUCGCUUGCAAAACAGUAAAGAUAACUGAGAAAUGUGACGUGUAUGGGUUUGGGGUUUUGGUUCUGGAGGUAGUCACUGGGAAGAGGCCUGUCGAGUACAUGGAAGAUGAUGUUGUGGUUCUUUGCGACAUGGUCAGAGGAGCAUUAGAAGAAGGCAGAGUAGAGGAAUGCAUUGAUGGCAGGCUCCAAGGAAAUUUCCCUGCAGAAGAGGCUAUUCCUGUUAUGAAAUUAGGCUUGAUAUGCACGUCACAAGUGCCGUCAAACAGACCAGACAUGGCGGAGGUGGUCAACAUAUUGGAGCUGAUCAGAUGUCCAUCGGAAGGCCAAGAGGAGUUGUGA